AUAUUUUCACCUCAAAUAUUCUAAUUAUAUUAUAUUUCUAAAAUUAUUAAUUUAAUUUGAAGUAUGGGAGUUACAGGAAAGCUAGAAGUUGAUGUUGAGAUUAAGUCACAAGGAGAUCUUUUUCAUGAACUCUUUGGGCAGAAGCCACACCAUGUCGCUAAUAUCACCCCGGAUAAAGUUCAUACGUGUGACGUUCAUGAGGGUGAUUUUGGAAAGCCUGGCUCUAUCAUUUGUUGGGAUUAUACUAUUGAUGGGAAGAAAUGUGUAGCAAAGGAGCUAGUUGAAGAAAUAGAUGAAGAGAAACAAUAUGUGAAGUUCAAAGUCAUUGAAGGAGAUAUCCUUGAAGAGUUCAAGAGCUUAAGCAUUAGUAUUCAUGUUGUUCCUAGGGGUGAAACAACAAUUGUGAAGUGGAUUAUUGAGUUUGAGAAGUUUACUGAUGAUGGGCCCUACCCAACCAAGUUCAUGGACUUUGCCAUUGGUAUCACUAAGGAAAUCGAGGCUCAUCAUCUAAAUGAAUAAUAAUAAUAAUACAUACAUGAUGAACGAUUAAUUUUGGUGUUUUUGUGUUUGAGCAAAUGUUGUUUGAUACUGAGUAAUUGCUACGUACUCCGAUCCUUCACACUCUUUUUGUUCUUCCUAUUUUGAUAUGUUUUAGGAAAAAAAUGUCAAAGUAGAAAGAACAAAAAGAAAAUAAUGGAGUAUUAACUUGCUAUUGAAAUAAGUGGAUGUUGUUCUUGUGUGUGGUAUUUUGUAUGUUAUUGUAUGAGAAUGACUGAUUUGUUAUUGCGAAAA